UCAUCAUCGAGCGUUACCGCAAAGACAUCCGGUCAUCCUUUGAACCUCACCGUGCGUAUGUAUUAACACACAGCGCCUCCUGGAUUUUUUAGUUUUCAACAAAACAAGUGGCUCUGAGGCAAACAAGUGACUCUGAGGGGGAGGUACUAGCAUGACUGAAAGGGAGUUGAUUGACAAAGAUAAACUUGUACUUCGAGGUUUGCAGUUCUAUGGCUUUCAUGGAGUGAAGCAAGAAGAAAAGACUCUAGGACAAAAGUUUGUCGUGGACGUUGACGCAUGGAUGGAUUUUAGUGUUGCUGGUGAGACUGACAGCAUAUGUGAUACAGUUAGCUACACUGAUAUCUACAGGAUCGUCAAGGACGUAGUUGAAGGCCCAUCUAAUAAUCUUUUAGAAUCAGUGGCUCACCGGAUUGCAAGAGACACACUGCUUAAGUUCCCUCAAAUCUCCGCUGUCCGAGUGAAAGUUGGGAAACCUCAUGUUGCUGUGCAAGGAGUCGUUGAUUAUUUAGGUGUUGAGAUAUUGAGGUAUAAAAAGGACAUCAGAGGAAGUUCAUCGGGAGCUCCAAUAAUCUAGUGUCAUACUGAGGAUUGCAUGUCCACAUUUUAUUUUUGGAGUUGUUUGUACUUUGUACCUCAAUUAUUAGUACUCAAUGUUGGUUUUAAAAGCUAUUAUUCAUCUAAAAGUGGGUGAAGCUACCCUCUGGGGCUGAAGUAAAUAUUGCAAGUUAUCUUCUCUGAAAACUUUUGCAAGCAUUGCUUGUUGAGAUUGAAAUUUUAGUUUUCAAGUA